CUAUUAACCAGCCCAACAACUUUGUUGUGUUCCGUGAUUUCUUCUCCUCCUACGUGCCAACAACCUCCAAACAGUGGCCAGAUCAUCUGAAGAGAGGACCAAUAAAACUGAAAGCUGUACCUAAGCUGUUGCCUGUUGAAAAGGAGUCGUUUUUCCCUUCAACGCUGACCAUGCCUUUAAAGCCAAAGACAGCAACGCCAGUGUCCACCAAUCCGGCAGCCUUCAAUCCAGCAGCCUUCAAUCCAGCAGCCUGCACUCCCUCAGCCUUUAUACCAGCAGCCCGUGGUCCAGUACCAGCUGCCUUUAUUCCAGCAGCCCGUGGUCCUGCUGCGUGCAACUCACCAGUCACAAACCCUGCAGCUUGCAAGGAAUUUCAUAUGCCGAGUUUAUUAGACAGACCAUUGAGUCGGCUCAUGUCGUCAUCGGCCGGGAGUUCCGGGAGGGAAACCAGUUCACCGACCACAAACCAGGCCCCUAAGUCAGGGAAAUCACGUGACUCUACUUUUAACUGGUCUAGGAACAACGUGAUGCUGAAUCGGAACUACAUAGUUGGAGGACAAACCAACCCCAUAUCUCAAUCCAGAUACACUCAUUUCGGCAGACCUCGACCAUUCUAAUAAGCUGGCGCCUCUGUUCCAGUCAAGGUUUUAAGAUAUAUACACAGUACACACGUCCAAAAACAAUUCCUGUUCAUCAGAAUCAGAAUCCCA